CAAUUGAGGUGUCGCGUACUGUAGUGUUUAAACGGAUGUGGCAUGACGUCAUAUUUGCAACGUUUUGAGCACAAACCGGCAAAAGACACUAAACAUGAAUGGUUUCAUCUGUUUUUUUGCGACGGUCAACACGAGGUGGACUUUUGCAGCAUCUGUAGGCCUAUUGGUUGUGUUUGUGUUUUCGGUGAAGCCUGUUGAAGGUUAUGCUACUACAAGCAUUGACUGCGGUCUUCAUGGAAUCCAGAGCUAUAUAUCAAAAAUAGUGUGUACAAUACAAGAAAAUGAUACAGGAAGGUAUGUAAGAUAUUAUCGAAACAGUCGUCAUGUAGUCACAUGCAACUUUGAGCUUCACAUGUGUAUUACGAAAGAUGGAUUCCAGACGCGCUACAAAGGACACGUGCAUUCAGCAACAGGAAGCUAUGUGAUAAUAGAAAAGUUCGAUGAAGAAGUCGACGGUGGCACAUGGUCGUGCCAGGAUGGAGAUCAUGGUGUACCGUCGAAUUGUACGAAGAUCGUCGGAAGUGUAGUAGUUCCACUGAGAGAAGAUUCGGGUGAUCACGACUCAGGGUGGAUGCCAGGUGGUGUACAUGGAGGUAUUAUAGCGGCGGUUAUCAUCGUUGUGUUCGUUCUUCUCGCUUUCCCGAUAGCUUGCGUCUAUAAUAAGAGGCGAAAUACAGAAAAAGCUGAAAGACAAGAGAAUGUUGACGAUGGCCAGCAGAGUGAAGCCGGCACGUCGAGCGCGCUGGUAUUGGUCGGAAUGAAAGAGGAAGACCUCGGCCCUGAGGACGAGACAAACCCAGCAGACAACGAAGAUCAGGAAGUUGAUGUGGACAUGUUGGAUGAAGCAGACCUUGAAGACGCGAUCAACGUGAACAAACCGGAUGAAGUAAAAACCCUAAACCCGGCUAACUGCUUAGACUCUCCACAGUCUAUUACCAGUUACCCGAAUGACUCGGAUACAAUAGGUUGUCUUUAAUGAACAAGACGGUGAAGAAGAAGAAAACAAACAUGUCAGUCCCGGAACAAUGAUAUAAAAGGGCAAAUGGCAGGGUCAUCCGUCAAUGAAGAACAAUGGCAGGUUUAUAAAUUAUUGAAUACAAAAGGGAAGGGUCAAAAGACAUAGAAGGCAAGGUCAGGCAUGACGAAAGCAAGUAUACAUUGGGGGGGGGGGGGGGGGGGGGGGGGGGGGUACUGAGAUUGAGGGCGCAAAGCAAAGUUUAUUAGGAAUUUGGUGGUAUGCUUCCUCGUAAAAUGUUCUGCAUUCUACAAGUAAUAUGCAUCGCUGCCUUAAGACUGACUAUCAAUAAUACUUUUGAUGAAGGUAUGUGCCAUCAUUCAAAUAUGUUAUUAAGAAACUAAUUUCGAAAUCAAUAGUUACAAGCCAACAACAUUUAAAGAGAACCAUAAACGAUUUUUUUUAACGAUAAAUGGGACAUUUGUAAGUAAAGUUGCUGAGCAUCAUUUAGAUGAUAAUAAAUGUAAACUUUUAUGUAGAACGUUUUAUCCUGUAACUUACCCAUGAUAUCCAUGUUAUAAACCCAUGUGAUAAUUUAAUGUAUUAACCCGUUUAAUAAUGGUAUGGAAAUGUGCAAGGUAUCUGGGUAAUGUGUUGCUGUGGAUGGGUCAUUUGCUUACAAGCCAACAAGACCUGUGUACCUGAGCGUAACGUUUUCAAAGAUUUAUUUAAAAUGCGGGUCAUCAAAAUAAUUUGAGCUAAUCGUGAUGACGUCAUAUUACCGAUUUUAGAAGUGUAGGAUAAACAGAAUUCGCUAUUCGUGUUUUUAAUACGUAAAAUAUCAACCUCGUCUAGUUAAUCGUCUAGUUAAGCGUUGACAAAUACCGAUUAAGAUAGACUGUUGAUAGUUUCCAUAUUACAAAAUCCUCGUGACGAAUCCUCUAUAUUCACAUAACACUGCAUUUGACCGUUUAAAGGUUAAUCGUAUAAUAUUUAGUUAUUAACUAUGAUUUGUAUGGUUUACAUAUAUUUUACUGUAUUCUGUGUAUUCCCAAUAACGAUAAAGUUUGUUUUUGUUUAACAACACCACUAGAGCACAUUGAUUAAUAGAUCAUCGGCUAUUGGAUGUCAAAUAUUUGUUAACUCUGUGUGUGUGUGUGUUGAUAUAUAGGAAUAAUCUUAGUAAGCACGACGUGUAUAGUCCUAAUUAGCUCGAGUUACCUCCAGCCCUCCCCUUAUUGAUAUUGAUAUGUAGGGGAAGGUUAGAGGAAAUUCUAUGUAAUGCUUUGGCAAUCGUCAACAACUAAAUGGUCGCACAAUACUGUGUCUAAAAUACACCUUUCUUUUUCUAAAUCUGAUGCCACAGACCUUUUAGUUUGAUUCGUUUCGAGUCCAGUCAUGACAUUAAACGUACAUGUUGUUAACCACUAUCAACGCUACACGAAGAUGCCCCUUAUGCAAAAUGAACCUUGCGCUGUACUUUCUUGUGAUGACGUGUGUGUAUAUAUAUAUAGUCAAACCCGUCCUAGCUGCCACCUGUACUCAGCGGUCACCUGCCUUCAGCGGCCACUCCCCCCCCCCCCCCAAACAAUUUAUAAUGUAAAUGCACCUGUAAUAAGCGGUCACCUGUCUAACGCAGCAGCGGCCAACUAAUUCAGAUCCCAAAUCGCUAAAAUACCUGUAUUAAGCGGCCACAGUAGUUUUACUCUUAUACAAAAGGGAUAUUUUAACAACUGAUAACCCUCCGCCUGUUACCGAUCACGGUCGGACUGCAGGUGCUCCCUUACACCUGACAGUGCAAGCGCCCCCCCCCCCCCCCACACACACACACACAUCAUCCCCACACCUUCAUGGACGGAGGAACCGGCUGAGGCGACACCUGUGCCCAGGACAGGCGUGCG